ACUCCACUUCCCUGGAGUCCAAAAGAGGGAUUGCUAACCAGCCGACUUUGGUAAGGAGACUGACCGCAGGAGAGCAGAGAUAUCCAAACGGAUCAUUUUCAGGUGAAGAAGACGUCAUGGCGACGGCAGCAGCUGACUCUGAAGCUCCUGUGAGGCGCAGACGCAGUAAUCCACAUCUACCACCUUAUAUGUCUGAGCUGAGGGUGGUUCUUCUGGGGAACAGAUGUUCUUUGAAGAACUCAGUGGGGAACAUGAUUUUAGGAGGGAACUGUAUUAGAGAACCAGACUGCUGUCAGAAAGUUAGCACAAUCAUUGACGACAAAAAGAUCAUUCUGAUCAACACUCCAGAUCUUCAGCAUCCAAACCUGUGUGGAGAAAAACUAACCAAGUUUGGAAAAGACUUGAUGAGACUCAGUGACCCUGGACCUCAUCUGUUCCUGCUGGUUCUACAACCUGAGAAUUUCACUGAGGAAGAGGAAGAGAGACUCCAGUUCCUCCUGCAGAUGUUUGACUCUCCGUCCAAUCACACUCUGACACUGAUUUCAACAUCCAAACAGGAAACCUCAGAUGUCAGAGAGAAAUAUCUUCAGGAUCCACUGAUAGGAGACUUUCUCUCUGAAUGUAAACAUGAAUUCAUUCAGAAUGAUGAACUUCAACGUUCCAAGCUGUGGAAAACCAUUAACCAGAUUCUAGAGGAGAAUCAUGGAAAGAAUGUGGGCUUUCACCAAAAUACAUCUGCACACUUGGAGUUACCCAGUUGUCAUGGAAACGAGGAGCAAGAAAAAGAAGAAAGAAACACAUUAGAUGUUGUGAAACAAGCUGGAAUGGGAAUCUAUAAUGCUGCAAAAGGAUGGUGGCCAUUUUCAGGAAUUGUUGGUCAAUCAGAGGAAACUGCAGAACCUCAAUUUUCUGUCAGGAUUGUUCUUCUGGGAAAGAGUAAAGACAAGCUGUCAAAAAUGUCCAACUUCAUCAUUGGAGAUGAAGUUUUCCAUUCACAGUCAUCAAACAAACAGUGUGUGACAACAUCUGGAGAAUGGAAUGGAAAAUCUGUUUUAGUUGUUAAAACUCCAGACCUGUUUGUGAUGAACGAGCAGAUGGUGAGAAGAGAGAUGAGCAGAUGCAGGAGUCUGAGCUUCCCUGGACCAAAUGUUCUGCUGCUGAUGGUGAAACCAUCUGACUUCACACAAGAAGAUGCAGAAAAACUGAACUUCAUCCUGAGUUUGUUUGGUCAGAAUAGUUUUCAACACUCCAUGAUUGUCUUCACACACAAAGAAAAACAAGCCAAAGUUCUAAAUGAGCUGCUACAGAAGUGUGGAGGAAGAAUGUACAACAUGUUGGAUAAAAAUCAUGGACUGUUGAUGGAGAACAUUGAGAGGAUGAUGAGUGAAAACAGAGGAUCCUUCCUCACCUUCACUGAAGAGACCAGAGGACCACAGUGUGAACAGAUCAAACCAGAUUUAAACCUGGUUCUGUUUGGGAGGAGAGGAGCAGGGAAGACUUCAGCAUCUAAGAACAUUCUAGGUCUGUCAGUCAGCUCACAGCAGAGUGUUAGGAACCAGGCAGAGGUGUGUGAACGUCUGGUUUCUGUGGUGGAGCUGCCCCCCUUGUCUGAAAGAACGCAGAAGGAAGUGAUGCAGGAAUCCUUCAGGAGUGUCUCCCUCUGUGACCCUGAGGGCGUCCACGCCUUCAUCCUGGUUCUUCCUGUGGAUCCGCUCACUGAUGAAGACAAAGGAGAGCUGCAGACCAUCCAGAAGGCCUUUGGCCCUCAGGUCAAAGACUUCACCAGGAUCCUGUUCACCGUGGACUUUGAUCCCAAAGAUCCAAAUGUUGUUAACUUUGUGGAAAAGAAUGAAGACAUCCAAGAAUUAUGUCAGAGCUGUGGAGGAAGAUACGACAUUCUCAACAUCAGGAACAAACAGCAGAUCUCAGAGCUGCUGGAGAAGAUUCAGGUGGAAAAUAGUUAUUCAGCACACACAUUUACACAGGCACAGAUGGAAAAGAACAUUGAACUAGAGGAAAACAUGAGACAACUAAACAGACAGGAUCCAUGUAAAAAACAGCAGAGUCCAGAAAGUGUCAGAAUCGUUCUGAUCGGGAAGACCGGCAGUGGAAAAAGUUCUUGAGGAAACACCAUCCUGGGAAGAAAAGAGUUUAAAGCUUACUCAAGUUCAGCUUCAGUCACCAGACUUUGUCACAAAGCUCUGGGUGAAGUGGACGGUCGUCCCGUUUCUGUGGUCGACACUCCUGGUCUGUUUGACACAAGUCUGUCAAACAAAGAGGUUUAUGAAGAGAUGGUGAAAUGCAUCAGCCUGCUGGCUCCAGGACCUCAUGUCUUCCUGCUGGUGAUCCAGAUUGGACGAUUCACACCAGAAGAAAUGGAAACACUGAAACUUAUCAAGGAAAGUUUUGGAAGAAAAUCUGAACAGUUCACCUUAAUUCUCUUCACAAGAGGAGAUGAUCUGCACCAUGAUGACAAAACUAUUGAAGAUUAUAUUGAAAGAUAUCCAACUGAAAUGAAGAAACUGAUCAGAGACUGUGGAGGAAGAUACCACGUGUUCAAUAACCGAGAUAAAAAUAACCAGCAGCAGGUGAGAGAGCUGAUGGAAAAGAUCGACAGAAUGGUGAAGAAAAAUGGAGGAUGCUGCUUCAGCAAUAAGAUGCUGGAAGAAGCUGAAGCAGCGAUUCGGAAAGAAAUGGAGAAAAUCCUGAAAGAGAAAGAAGAAGAAAUCAGGAAAGAAAAGGAGGAGCUCACGAGAAAACAUGAAGAAGAAAUGCAAGAAAUGAAAAGAAAGAUGGAAGAAGAGAUGAAAAAACUGCAGCAGGAAAGUGAACUGAAGUUUAAAGAAAUGAGUGAAAAUAUUCAGAAAGAGCACGAACAACAACAAAAAGAACAAGAAGAAAGAGAAAAGAAGAACAAGGA